AUGGCGGCGGCGGUAGGGGCGACUCUUUGGCCCUGGCUCUGGGCCGCCCUGCUUGUCCUUUCGGACGCGGUCUACGAAGACCAAGUGGGCAAGUUUGAUUGGAGACAGCAGUAUGUUGGGAAGCUCAAGUUUGCCUCCUUGGAAUUUUCCCCUGGAUCCAAGAAGUUGGUUGUGGCCACAGAAAAGAAUGUGAUUGCAGCAUUAAAUUCUCGGACAGGGGAGAUCUUGUGGCGCCAUGUUGACAAGGGCACAGCAGAAGGGGCUGUGGACGCCAUGCUGCUCUGUGGACAGGAUGCAAUCACUGUGUCCAAUGGAGGCCGGAUCAUGCGUUCCUGGGAGACUAACAUUGGGGGCCUGAAUUGGGAGAUUACCUUGGACAGUGGCAGUUUCCAGGCGCUUGGGCUGGUAGGCCUGCAGGCAUCAGUGAGGUACAUCGCGGUCCUGAAGAAGACCACUCUUGCCCUGCAUCAUCUCUCCAGUGGGCACCUAAAGUGGGUGGAACAUCUCCCAGAAAGUGACAGCAUCCAUUACCAGAUGAUGUAUUCCUACGGUUCUGGGGUGGUGUGGGCCCUCGGAGUUGUUCCCUUCAGCCACGUGAACAUUGUCAAGUUUAACGUGGAAGAUGGAGAGAUUGUUCAGCAGGUCAGGGUUUCAACCCCCUGGCUUCAGAGUCUCACCGGAGCCUGUGGUGUGGUGGAUGAGGCUGUGCUGGUGUGUCCUGAUCCGAGCUCACGGUCCCUCCAGACCUUGGCCCUGGAGACAGAGUGGGAGUUGAGACAGAUCCCACUGCAGUCUCUUGACUUCGAAUUUGCAAGUGGGUUCCAGCCCCGGGUCCUGCCCACGCAGCCCAACCCGGUGGAUCCUUCUCGGGCCCAGUUCUUCCUGCAGUUGUCCCCGAGUCACUAUGCUCUGCUGCACUAUCGUCACGGGGUCCUGAGUCUGCUCAAGAACUUCCCACAGGCUGCCCUAGUGAGCUUUGCCACCACUGGGGAGAAGACGGUGGCUGCAGUCGUGACCUGUCGGAGUGAAGUGAAACCUAGCAGUUCUGAAGAUGGGUCACUGGGGAGUUUUUCGGAGAAGUCUAGUCCUCAGGACUCACUGGCGUGCUUCAACCAGACCUACACCGUUAAUCUCUACUUAGUGGAAACGGGUCGGCGGCUGCUGGACACCACCAUCACCUUCAGCCUGGAACAGAAUGGCACUCGGCCAGAGCGGCUCUACAUCCAGGUGUUCUUGAAGAAGGAUGACUCCGUGGGCUACCGGGCCCUGGUGCAGACGGAGGACCACCUGGUGCUGUUUCUGCAGCAGCUGGCAGGGAAGGUGGUGCUGUGGGGCCGGGAGGAGUCGCUGGCGGAGGUGGUGUGCCUGGAGACGGUGGAUCUGCCCCUGACUGGCGCGCAGGCUGAGCUGGAAGGCGAAUUUGGCAAGAAGGCGGACGGCUUGCUGGGAAUGUUCCUGAAACGCCUCUCGUCGCAGCUCAUCCUGCUGCAGGCAUGGACCUCCCACCUCUGGAAGAUGUUCUACGACGCUCGGAAGCCCCGAAGCCAGAUUAAGAAUGAGGUCAACAUUGACACCCUAGCCAGAGACGAAUUUAACCUCCAGAAGAUGAUGGUGAUGGUGACGGCCUCAGGCAAGCUUUUUGGCAUUGAGAGCAGCUCUGGCACCAUCCUGUGGAAACAGUAUCUCCCCAACGUCAAGCCAGACUCCUCCUUUAAACUGAUGGUCCAGAGAACUACCGCCCAUUUCCCCCACCCCCCGCAGUGCACCCUUCUGGUAAAGGACAAGGAGACGGGAAUGAGCUCGCUGUAUGUCUUCAAUCCCAUUUUCGGGAAGUGGAGUCAGGUGGCCCCCCCGGUGCUGAAGCGCCCCAUCUUGCAGUCUUUGCUUCUCCCCAUCAUGGAUCAAGACUACGCCAAGGUGCUGCUGUUGAUCGAUGAUGAGUACAAGGUCACGGCGUUCCCAGCCACUCGGAAUGUCUUGCGACAGCUCCAUGAGCUCGCCCCUUCCAUCUUCUUCUAUUUGGUGGAUGCAGAACAGGGACGGCUAUGUGGAUAUCGACUUCGAAAGGAUCUUACCACUGAGCUAAGCUGGGAGCUGACUAUUCCCCCAGAAGUACAGCGCAUCGUCAAGGUGAAGGGGAAGCGCAGCAGCGAGCACGUUCAUUCCCAGGGCCGCGUGAUGGGGGACCGCAGCGUGCUCUAUAAGAGCCUGAACCCCAACCUGCUGGCCGUGGUGACAGAGAGCACAGACAUACACCACGAGCGCACCUUCAUCGGCAUCUUCCUCGUUGAUGGUGUCACUGGGCGCAUCAUCCACUCCUCCGUGCAGAGGAAAGCCAAGGGCCCCGUCCACAUUGUGCACUCCGAGAACUGGGUGGUGUACCAGUACUGGAAUACCAAGGCCCGGCGUAACGAGUUUACCGCGCUGGAGCUCUACGAGGGCACUGAGCAGUACAACGCCACCGCCUUCAGCUCCCUGGACCGUCCCCAGCUGCCCCAGGUCCUCCAGCAGUCCUACAUCUUCCCCUCCUCCAUCAGUGCCAUGGAAGCCACCAUCACCGAGCGGGGCAUCACCAGCCGGCACCUGCUCAUUGGGCUACCUUCCGGAGCAAUUCUUUCCCUUCCUAAGGCCUUGCUGGAUCCCCGCCGUCCUGAGAUCCCAACAGAACAAAGCAGAGAGGAGAACCUAAUCCCGUACUCUCCAGACGUGCAGAUACACGCAGAGCGAUUCAUUAACUACAACCAGACAGUUUCUCGAAUGCGAGGGAUUUACACGGCUCCCUCAGGCCUGGAGUCCACUUGUUUGGUUGUGGCCUACGGCUUGGACAUUUACCAAACUCGAGUCUACCCAUCCAAGCAGUUUGACGUCCUGAAGGACGACUAUGACUAUGUGCUAAUCAGCAGUGUCCUCUUUGGCCUGGUGUUUGCCACCAUGAUCACUAAGAGACUGGCACAAGUGAAACUCCUGAAUCGGGCCUGGCGGUAA